CUUUAUGCUCUCAUAUUCUCUUAAAAUAUCGAUAAUAUGGCGUGGACGAGGAACGUGAUGGUGUUUCCUUUGUUACUCGCGCUGCUUAUUUCCUCCACAAACGCGAUUCCGGAAGACGCUAUCAACGAUCUCUGCAGCGAAACGCAGGACAAGGACUUCUGCCUUAAACACAUAGGCACCGACCCGCGAACGAAGGCAGCGGCCAACUUAAACGGCGUUCUGUUAGUCGCGAUAUCGCAAGCGACAAAUCAGGUGAUCGAUGGAUCGACGCACAUCGACGCGAUCAAAGGCGGUGUAUCGGACGCGUUAGGGCAAAAGCGAAUCGGCGUCUGCGAUUCGGACUACGAGAACGCUCAUACGAAGUUCCAAGAAGCAUGGGGCAAAGCUAAUGAAGGUGCGUUCAUGGAGGUGAUCAACUUCGUACGCGACGGCACAAACGCAGUCAUCGACUGCAUCAAUGUCUACCGAAGAGAUGGUCCGACUACGGACAAUCCACUCGGUUACUUUAACCAAAAUGUUUUUAAAUUGUCUGAAAUUAUUCUCGUCGUUAACAAUAAGCUCAUAGGGUAGCAUAUGUUACAUGCCAUCUUCUCAUGUGUUGUAUGUAACCUACCUAUCUCUAUACAGAAUAUAUUGUAUGCUGAA